AGGACAAGUUCCUGACUUUCCCAAUCGUUCUUUUCAUUUGGGUAAAGUAAAACCGGUUGCUCCUCUUAGGGUUAUAGUUUCUGGGUUUCAACCUGCUUCGCUCCCGGUCUUCAGACUUCAGGCGUUUCUUUCUGCCAGUGGAAGGGGCUUUGGAAUCCCACCGAGCGGUGAAGACGGCUGCGGGCGUGUUGGGUUUUUGUUUGAGCGGCGCAACAUGGUGGAGACGGCGGAGCAAAGCAAGCUGUUCGUGGGGGGAAUUUCGAGGGAGACCAGUGAGGAUACGCUGAGAGAUCAUUUUGGAAAGUACGGAGAGGUUGUCGGGUCGGUGAUUGCCCGAGAUCGCACCACUGGAGGCCCCAGAGGCUUCGGCUUCGUUUCCUUCGCUCACUCCUCUUCUGUUGAUAGGGCUCUGCAAGACAGCCAUUUAAUUCUUGAAAGAACGGUAGAAGUCAAAAAAGCGAUACCGAGGAGUGAACAACACCAAAAUAAAUAUCAGAAUAAACUUCCCAAUAGGAAUAGUAGGAAAAAUGAUAGUAGGACCACUGAUCAAUUUAGGACUAAGAAGAUUUUUGUAGGGGGUCUAGCACCUAGUUUGACAGAAGAAGAGUUCAAGAGUUACUUUGAGAAGUUUGGUAGGAUUGCAGAUGUAGUUGUUAUGCACGACAGCGAGACCAGCCGGCCUAGGGGAUUUGGAUUUAUCACUUUUGAUUCCGAGGAUGCUGUUGAGGAUGUAAUGCAAAAGAGCUUUCAUGAAUUGACUGGCAAGCUAGUGGAAGUGAAGAGGGCUGUGCCAAGGGAAGGAAGCAAAAAUGGUAACAAGCGUUAUAACAUGAGGGUGGUUAGUGGGAAAGAUACUUUUGACAGCUAUCAUAGUGUGAAUUACCCCCAUUAUUCUCUUCAAUAUUGCUUUUUCCCUGGUUAUGGACCUCAUUCAGGGUAUGUUGGAGCUGCUGGAUAUCCUUAUGGGGCAAGCCUUUGUGGUCCCGGUUUCUCUUUUGGGGAAUUCAAUGGAAUUGGUUAUGCCACGUCCCUUAUGGCCCCUAGGAGUCCUUGGAAUAGUUCUGUGCUUGGCAUUGGGGGAAAUCAAUCAACAUAUGGCAACAUUGCUACUGUCUAUCCUGCUUACUUGAAUGGUGGGGUUGGAGGAAUGGGUACUGAUGCCAGUACGUAAUGGAACCGAGGGAAUGGGUGGGGCUGGUGUAAUGCUCGGAUUAAUUGGGAAAAUAUUAACGGAAACUCUUCACUUAUGGGUGGAAGCUAUGACUCUACUUCCAGCGGACAGAAUGGGAAAGGUAUUCAUGGUUGAUUAAUGGUGGUACACUGUUUGUAAAUUUAGUUAACUGCUUUGCAUUUCUUAUCUGGCAUCGACAGGCUAGUGAAUUCUGACACUGCUGGUUUAGGGCUGUUUUACUAUGAUUGUGUGAUUGAUGUUUCUCUAGAUCUUUUUUUUUUUUUUUUACUUUCUGUCACUUUGAUGUCACUAAUUCAUGGUGCAGGAUUCAGGCAUCUGUAAUAUAAUUGUUCUGAUCCCAUUCACCAUGCUUUUCUGUUUUUAUUUUGGGCAACAUGACUGUUGGAACUUCAUCA